UCUCAGCCAAACAGGAAGUGGACCAGAUGUGAAGCAGGACCCUAAUAGUAAAUUAAGGAGCAGUCGAAUGCAUUGGCAUGUUUUAAUUAAGGCGAUUUAAUCGCACAAUGAAUAGUGUCAGUUUACUGAAGUAAUAAGUGAUUUAUACCCGUAGUCGGUUUGGGUCGCAUGUUUGUCGCUUGUCAGUUUCAGUCUGGCUGAACUGGCUCGAGAUGGCAGACGAGGCUCUCUUUCAGUUCCUGCAUAGUGAAAUUAUUCAGUAUGUCAACAGUGCAGAAACUGGGGACUCGGAGAAUGGGCGAUGCGUUUCUAAACUCGAGAACAUGGGGUUUCGUGUGGGACAAGGACUUAUUGAAAGGUUUACCAAGGACACGCCACGUUUUAAAGAUGAGCUUGAUGUCAUGAAGUUUAUCUGCAAAGAUUUCUGGACCAGUGUUUUUAAGAAGCAAAUAGACAACCUGAGAACAAACCACCAGGGUAUUUAUGUGCUACAAGAUAACAAGUUCCGCCUGCUGACCCAACUGUCUGCUGGAAAACAGUAUUUGGAGCAUGCCCCGAAGUUCUUAGCCUUCACCUGUGGACUGGUCCGAGGAGCACUUUCAAACCUUGGUGUGAAAAGUAUAGUCACAGCGGAAGUGUCAGUCAUGCCUGCUUGCAAAUUCCAGGUGAUGAUCCAGAAGAUAUAAUUCACUACAACAGAGCGUAUUGCUUAUAUAUAACAUGUGCAUCUUAAUUUUAUUGCCUUGUCAUUUUUAUAUUCUCUUGCCCAUUUUAUUUUCACUAUGAUUGUUUUUUUUUAAUUGGAAUAACUUGCAAACUACUGGCAUUAAACGUGAUUUGACAUUCAAAGGUCAUGCCUUAUUGUACUGUAUUGUUAGUAUUUUGACAUUCAUUAUUCUCUGUACACAUUCACUGUGUUUUGAUUAUUAAUUUGCACUGAUAACAUUAAAGAUGGAGUCCUAGAA